AUGUCAGGGGGGUGGGCCGAAAAGCUAACAAAUGCAUCUGCUUCGAACGUGUCGAAUGUAUCGAACGUUUCGAGCAAACCAGUGGCAACACUGCCAUCGACAUCUGCAGCAACCAAGUCUAAAACACCUCAUCCUGUCAAUGUUGAUUCAUUACAGCCGAAUACGUUCAAUGGCAAAGAAAUACUACACUACUUGAGUACGUCAUAUAACACACAUCUACAGCACGCAAAAGACGACAAGGAGGGCGAAAACACCAAGGUCUACCGGUCUUUGGAAUCGUCAUCACAGUGGAAGACCAAACCCUCCUCCACCAAAAUCGCAGCUUCUUCUGCAAAUACCGCCGGUCCAAAUUCGAAAUCCAAAUACAAUUCCAAGAACGUUAUCCGGAACCAACGGGAUAGCACUGGCAAAACGAAUGGUAAUAUAGACCUAUUGUUCGAAUUAAACAGAUCUAUAUAUCAGCAACAGCAGCAUCAGCUGGCCCAUAAGAAGUAG